AUGCCACCAAAGAAGAAAGGAGUUCAAGAGAAACCAGUAUUGUUAGGAAGACCAGGUAACAAUUUAAAAUCUGGUAUUGUUGGAUUAGCCAAUGUUGGUAAAUCAACUUUCUUCCAAGCAAUUACCAAGUGUCCUCUUGGUAAUCCAGCAAACUACCCCUUUGCCACCAUUGAACCAGAAGAAGCAAGAGUUAUAGUCCCUAGUGAGAGAUUUGACAAAUUGUGUGAAUUAUACAAACCAAAAAGUGAAGUUCCAGCCUUUUUAACUGUUUAUGAUAUUGCUGGGUUGACUAAAGGUGCUGCUGCUGGCGAAGGGUUGGGUAACAAUUUCUUGUCCAACAUUAGGGCUGUUGAUGCUAUUUUCCAAAUGACUAGAGCUUUCGAUGACGCCGAUAUCAUCCACAUCAAUGAUGAAGUUAACCCUGUUGCAGAUUUGGACAUUGUCAAGGAUGAAUUGAGAUUGAAGGAUAUUGAAUUUGCAACCAAAUACUUGGAAGGUAUUGAAAAGAUCACCAAGAGGGGAGGACAAUCUUUGGAAGUGAAGCAAAAGAAGGAAGAGGCUGAGUUGGUGAAGAAGAUUAUCCAAUUGUUGGAAGAUGGUCAAAGAGUUUACAAUCAAACUUGGACAGCAAAGGAGGUGGACUCUAUAAAUCAAAUGUUACUUUUAACUGCCAAACCAGUCAUAUAUUUGAUUAACUUGUCUGAAAAGGACUACAUCAGGAAAAAGAAUAAGCAUCUUUUGAAAAUCAAGGAAUGGGUUGACAAAAACUCACCCGGUGAUUUGAUUGUUCCAGUAUCGGUGUCUUUGGAAGAGAAAUUGGCUGGUAUGGGUUCAGACGAAGAAAGAGAAGCUUACUGUAAGGAAAUUGGUGCCCAAUCAGCAUUACCUAAGAUUAUCGUUGCCAUGAGACAGAAGUUGGACUUGAUUUCAUUCUUCACUGGUGGACCUGAUGAGGUUAGGGAAUGGACCAUUAGGAAGUGGUACACUGCACCACAAGCAGCUGGUACUAUCCACACAGAUUUGGAGAGAACUUUUAUAUUGGCGCAAGUUAUCAAAUAUGACGACUUGAUUGAGUAUGGGGAUGAAGCAAGUGUUAAAGCAGCAGGUAAAUUGUUGCAAAAGGGUAAGGACUAUUAUGUUGAAGAUGGAGAUAUCAUAUAUGUAAAAGCAGCCGAGGGUAAAGCUCGUUAA